GAAGCCCCGGAAACCCCACAUCGUGUGAGACUCCACCUAAAGGACGACGUAUCUGCUGUGCGCUUCUGGUAGUUUUUUUUGUCACCUCUUUUUUUCCCCCUUUACACAACUUCUUUCUGUAUUUUACGUGUUUUUAUUUAUUUGUUUCCGUUGUUCAUAAUGUCCGAAAUAGCGACGCAGACCUUCAACUCGAUCCCUUUUUAUAAGGGGUAUCUCCCGUUGAAGGAGGCACAGCAGGCGCAGUCCUACGUUGUGCUCGCUUUCACCUCUGACCAGGCAUCGCACCCCCGCCAGGACGAGUCGACUUCCUUACGUCCCCUCAACAGCUACGCCGCCGUCCACAAACAACGCGACACCGACUUCCCUUCCACUCCGGAGUCCAGCACGAUUGAGUGCCAGACACCGCUGCUGCACCCCGGCGCCACGAUGCUUUCACCGGCGAAUGUGGAGAGGUCACCGCUCGUCAACAGCCGGGGCACGCCAAAGGAGAUUGUUCGCGGUACCUCGGAGGUGCUGAGCCCCAGCCUCGGCUCCUCCGUUGCCCAGGCUGCUGGAAGGGCGACUCCUGCCGCCGUCACCUCCUCGCACGUCAACAGCGUCUCUUUUUACCUCUUCCACAAACGCGACGUCCAGCCGCCGCCGAUCCGUUUCUACGUCUCACCAAAGAAGGUGCAUCGGUGCUUCCUCGGAUGCGCCAAGACGAACUGCUCGUGUGAGCGCAUUCACUUUCGACCUGGUGCGUGGCGCAUGCGGCUGGACACGUUACCACGAUUGCCGCUGGUGGUGGCACACGCGGGGCAGUACGUGCGACUGGCGCAGAACCAAAUUGCACCGACGGCGGGCUACUUCCUUGCCUUGGGCCUCAAGGCGGCGAACGUGCUGCCUGCUGUGGUGCCGACGAUGUGUCGCUUUAACACAUCGUGCCGGAACGGCAUUAGCUGUCUUUACAUUCACGCGGACAAGACGGUGGGCCACCGGCAGGAGCAGGCCUCUGCCGUCUCCUUGCGCACCUACGGCCAGUACGUCAUCGAAGACUCUCUCUCUCAAAAUGAAGCCGACUCAUUUUAUCAGUUUCUCGAGGGCGAGGGUGUGCGGACGGUCGGGGAUAUGCAGGUGCUCGGCAACGCCGCUUUUGACUCCCUCGCUAUCCGCGUUCCGCCGCAGUGGGCAGAGGUCUUCUUGACGCUGUCCUCGCUUCGUGACCUCGACACCAAGAUGCCACUGCGGGAGGCACUCCUGGCGUUUCCCCGUGUGGAGGAGCCGGUGAAGCUGCCGGACUAUCUGCGGUGCGUCGGCGAUCUGCUGAACCUAACGGCACCUGCGUUUGCAAAACUCAACGUCCUCCCGUUCGUCGUGGACGCCUGCUCCAUUAUCCGCGCCCGCUACGAGCUAGACGAGACUUUCAACGUCAUCGACCUCAAGAGGGAAGACGACGACUCGUUCUUCAUCGUUGUCACGCGUAUGAUCCUGAACUUCCGUACACAUCACGCACACAACAGCUGGCGCAAGCACGACCCAACCCGACCGGUGGUGACCUCCGUGCUGACCUUCGUAGACGUGAAUGAGUGCCACUGCCACCGCAACGGCGGCGACGCCAACAACACAAUUGAGGAGCACAUCGAUGCUGUCAUUCCUGAUGACACGGCGGUCGUCGGCGUGCCGAGCGGGUCGUGGUGCAACUGCCCCCGUCGGGCGGUGAUUGCGGUGAACUACGAGCUGAGCACCCCAAGCGGUUCGCGCUGCUCAGAGCAGAACGCAAUGGGGAAGCUGGCUUCCUUGGGUGUCCCGACCUGGGGUGUGCGCGAGGUGUUUGUGCAUGGCAUGAACAUCAAGAAGGAAGCCAACCCGCUUUUCCCAUGUGGCGUGUGCGAGAACAUGCUGCAGAAGGUGACGAAGGACGUCAUGUCGCACUACGGCGGCGACGUCACGUUGUACAUGUUCGACGCCACCCACCCGCGCAAGAUCGUGUUCCUGACUAUACCGGAAAUUUCGAACCGCGAUGGUGCCAACUUCAAGAAAUUUGUCGCCGAAGAUCUUCGCGAACUCCAAACGAGCUAA